UUCACACGAAAGCAAUUUUCUCGUCGGGACGUCAGUGUUUCUUCGUAUUUCGUGAUAAGCAGAAGUUAAAAGUGCCCCGUUCGCGUUGGAAAAUGGCAAAUUUUGAGCAACAGAGUACUUGCAUCCGGCAUUUCAUUUCGUUCGGGAAUCCGCUAUUGGAUCACAGUUUUCGGCUGGAUAACGAGAUAAUUUUGCUGAAAUACGGCUUGAAGCGUGAGAUGCAAGACGAAAUGAGUACCGAGACGAUCAAAAACAUUAUUAAGGAUGCACACGAAAUGUAUCACGAACCAGAUUUGAAUGCGGGCGGCUCGGCACUGAAUACAUGCAAGAUAUUACGUCAGAUCGGGCACAAGGAGGGAUUAUUGUUUUGCGGGGCAAUUGGCGACGAUGACAACGGCAAAAUUAUCACAGAAUUGAUAAAUGAGUGUCGUGUCAGUUCUUGCAUGGAUAUUAAAACGGAUUACGCUACCGGAGUUUGUGUUUGCUUAAUUACGGGUGAUAAACGGAGCUUGCAUGCGAGUAUCGGAGCUGCUGGACAUUUUUCCCUCGGAUUGUUCGAAACUGACGACUGGAAGACCAAAAUCGAGGAAUACAACAAAUCCGAUGAGGUGUCUUUGUUUUACAUCGAAGGAUAUUUCAUCCCUGGGCGAGAAGAUGUCAUCAAAUUCAUCUUGAAUAAAUACAUUAAUCGUCAUGUCGCACAAGAAGAAAGUCCUGAAAAUGCCACAGACGAUGGAAAAUUAGAAAAAAUCGAAGAAAUCUCGGAAAAUCCUGAAGAAACUCCAAAAGUCGCAAACGGAGAUCAUGUUGAAGAAGUUCCAAAGCCCGUAAAAAUCAAUCCCCCGAGCAGUCCGACGGGCGUUCGAAACCUUUUUGCGACAAAUUUAAACGCUGCCUAUAUUGUGAAGGAAUUUUCUGAUACCGUAAAGCUCCUCGUUGAAUCCGCUGAUCUCAUUUUUGGAAAUCGCGAGGAAUUUGAAGCACUUGCCUCUAUUUACGAAGGCUGUCAAACGAUCCAAGAUGUCGUUCAGCACUUGAUGCGAAAGGAAUCUGAGCUGGAUCGUUUGAAGAUUUUCGUAAUUACCGAUGGAUCUGAUCCCGUUGCCGUUUAUUAUGGCACUGACAAUGAUUUCCGUUGGCAUCGGUAUCGGGUCCCAUUUAUGCCGUCGGAAAAGGUUGUUGAUACAACGGGAGCGGGAGAUUCGUUCAUCGCAGGGUUCUUGUACAAGUUUAUGAGUCGCGGGCUGUUGGCGGAUUGCGUGGCGAACGGAUGCGAAGUUGCGGGUCAAGUUGUGCAGAACAUUGGAUGCAAUCUUAGAUAAAUUUUUUAAAAAGGUUUUUGACGAAAUUUUUAGACACCUCAAUUUAGCACUGCUUUGUGAUUUUGACAUUCGAGUAGGAGUAGGAGAGAUAUGCUCAAGUUAAGCCUUAU